AUGGAGCUUUUGAUGGAAUCCUUCCCUUCUGGCGAUGCAAGUCCGUGGUCCGUCGACAGCAAUACCGUCAAUGUGCUGCAAGGUCGAGGGUAUUUCUCUCUGCUGGGCCAUGUCCGUCGAAAGCCCGCCCGGGCAGACGCCGAGCGAAGUGAUUCCAAAUCCUGCUCGGACAAGCUCGCUGUCAAACAAGUCACCAGUAUCUUGUCCUAUCCGGCUGACCUGUUCGUAGAGAAGACUCCGAAUGCGUACAUCAAAAGGUUCGUGGUCUAUGCUGAUCAGUUCAAUCCCGUAAGUUACCAACGUGCAUUUGGGCGCGAAGGACGCUUGUCGCCGCUGAAGGAUGCUGGGGUUUUCUUCACCAUUGAACCUCUACGUCCAGACUUUGCUCGUUUCGCAUUCGAGAGGCGAAAGCAAAGUUCUGCCGGUUCGAUACAAGUGAAAUCCAAGACAAGCAACAUCUCAGCACUGUGGGUGCUUGCCGUCGGCACCCUGCGGUCAACUGUGGUUGAAGUUCUCAUCAACGGCGUGAAGCAAGGCUACAAACAAUGGGACGCGAGGUCUGCCAAGGCAAGCAUUGUCUCCAGAAGGGAGCUAUGGAUCACUGGUCUGAGGAUCCUCAGACUUCUCGAGAAUCUUGACAUUCCCAAUAUUCCAGGUGGCGAACCUCGGCAGGGGAACAUCAGCUGGUUUAAAAUGAUACGGAGCACACUUUCCGCAAGCACAUACGAUGAGGCCAAAUCGUCAGCUCCGAGGCAUUCUCACAAUAAAUGCAAGAAGCACGUCACCGAUAUCCUGGAUAACUGGACCAAGAACACUGGCGACAGUAACUGGAGCUGGAGCCAUCCUGACUGGCUGACUCACCUAGACCCAGAUCGCGAAUGCUCCCUCAAAACUUCACAGUCUCUGUUCAAAAGCGGCAACCAGGGCUAG